AUGUCAUUGAGCUUGAGCUUACUGAUGGUAAAUUUGUUCAAGAUCAUCAUUAUUGCCAUCAUAUGUGCCGCCACUCAGCAAUCACCCAUGGAUGUGCUAAGCUAUAUGCUACAAUCAAGGACACAGCAACAGCUGCCCACUUGUCCCCUCUGGCAAUGUGACUCCUCUUUCAAGAGACCCAAAGGAGAUGAGAACAGAUCUGAUAGCCAUCAGCAGGAAGUAUUGCACUACAUAGUGUUACAGGGUGCUACAGAGUGCUACAAAGCACUCAGUAGCAAAUUAUGUUUCUCCAAUCUAAGUACUCAGCUGAUCAGCACUUGUGACAAAAUGAGACAGCAAUAUUCAUUCAGCCAGGUGAAACAACAAGGAAGGAUGGAUCAUCAGACUCUACUUGCUGCUGCCCUCCUUAUCUCUGCUUGCCCCACCUUGAUCCUGCGAGCGUGA